AUGUUCCGCUCAAGUCGUUUGACUGACAGACUGACAAGUCAAUGUCUGUCAGUCAUCAAGAGAGUUGCUUAUACAUUAAGUGACGACAUUGAAAGAGGGAAAAAUGGAGAAAUCAAAAGUCGUGGUCUUGAUAUGUACUGUUCAAUCCUAAAUUCUAUCUCCAUUUUGACUCAAAAAUCUUUAUGCCAGCAGUUGAUCUUCUACUCAACUAAAAGUGCUACAACUUCAACUAUCACAGAAUCUUUGAUUUUAUAA